AUGCAGCGACGCACGGAUCGUUCGACCGAGGCUCCGAUGGAUUACGAAUACACCCACAGAAAGGAAACCACGCCUGUAUGGAUGUCCCCAUCGAAACGUCUAUACAACGAGAUCAAUCCCCCAACACCCACAUUAUCUGCCCCGGGCACGCCUUCAAGGCCAACGUUCGGUCACAAUACCAACACGCCGUUCCUCUUCAACAUCCCUGCUCCCCAAACUCCACAUCCACCCGCGUGGGUUCCACCUCCAAAUUUUUCCCCAGAAAAGGCGUUUCCGCAGCCUGAGCUUCAUGAUGUGGAAAUGUCUGAGUCCAGUCCUGGCAGUAAGCUCACUGAGCAGGAGCAGGAUGGGGAGGGAAAUCGGCCCGUGUCGGGAGCAGCUCUGCGGAGAGUUUACAAGAGGCGAAACCAGCGGGAUCGGAGUCGAUUAGGCCGUCGUCACGCGAGGGUGGAUGACGGAGAAAGCAGCGGAGAAGAGAGUGGGGAGGAGGGCGAUCACGCGCCUUUGACCCAGAAAACUACAAACCACUAUACGCUUAACAUGGCCGGUCCCAUAGCCCCGCAGUCUGACCUCCCGUUUCGCCUCCUAGGCUACGUACAAUUCGUCUUUAACGCUGCACUGGCGCUGCUCGGCAUCUAUCUCCUCGUGCUGUUCGUCCUCACUGUCUCGCGCGACGUCGAGUAUCGCGUUGCGGAAUACUCUAUGGACAUUGUGCAAGAUAUCGCGCAGUGCAAUUUAGCCUACAAGGCCAACCUCUGCGAGAAAGGUACGGUGCCUGCGAUGGCUGCGCAGUGUGCCGCAUGGGAGACAUGCAUGAACCGGGACCCGACGAAGGUGGGCCGUGCGAAGGUCAGCAUGGAGGUCAUCGGGGAGACGGUCAACUCCUUCGUGGAGCCGAUCAGCUGGAAGACUCUGGCCUUCGUCAUCUCUUCGCUCGCGUUCUUCACUCUCUUCAUCAAUUCGCUCCCGUCGUUCUUCCGGCCGCGCGAAAUCGCCGCCCCUCCUCCCCGUCAUAUUCCUAGCUACCCCAUUCCUCCUGCGAUACCCUACCAUCCGUCACAUGGGUACCUCCCGCCGCCGGAGUGGAGUAACAAACCCUGGAAGCGCGAUGAGGUUGAGGUCGCGCCGAGGAGGAGGAGAUUGGAAGACGGUCAGGUCGCGAAGGUCAAAUAAAGGCGUCCAGCCGACCUUCUGUGGGCCCAUAGGUUGAUGACUUAUUAUGAUUCAAGGAACCGCGUUGUUAUGCAGUCAAAAACAUGAUCUCCUUUCUCAUCGUACAUCGUUUAUUGACCACUAUUGUAUAUCGCAUACGCUAUCACACUUCAC